AUGCUGUCGGCAUACAAUGGCAGCUCCGAUUACAUUUCGACAAACAGUGAACAUGAUUCAGCUACUAUGAAUUUUAACGGCACGUCUUUUGUAGGGGGAGUCUUGAUCUUAACAAAAACACUAACUGGUGAAUCAGUUGAAGUGAUAGAUGAGCCCAAAUCAAAUCGAACUACUGACAUUAUUGAUGUGAAAGUUGUACAAAUAGCUUUUUGUAUUCUAUAUGCAAUAAUAUUUGUUCUUGGCGUGUUUGGUAACGUCUUAGUUUGCUAUGUGGUGUUCCGAAACCGAGCGAUGCAAACUGUUACAAAUCUCUUCAUAACGAAUUUGGCUCUAUCUGAUAUAUUACUCUGUGUUUUUGCUGUACCUUUAACGCCGAUGUACACAUUUAUUGGACGAUGGGUCUUUGGAAGACUGUUAUGCCAUCUCAUGCCAUACGCUCAAGGAACCAGCGUCUACAUAUCCACUCUUACACUCACAUCAAUAGCUAUAGACAGAUUCUUUGUGAUUAUAUACCCUUUUCAUCCAAGAAUGAAACUUAAUACUUGUAUAUUCAUAAUAGUAUUUAUAUGGGUAUUCUCUUUAGUUGUUACAUGCCCUUAUGGGCUCUUUAUGGGGAUACAAAUUACGAAUAAUAAAACCUAUUGCGAAGAAAGCUGGCCUUCAGAUAAGUCAAGGAAGAUCUUCGGCGUAUUUACAACGGUAUUACAAUUCCUAAUACCAUUUUUAGUAAUAGCAAUUUGUUAUACAUGCGUUAGUAUAAGACUAAACGACCGAGCAAGGGCGAAGCCAGGUGCUAAGAAUACAAGAAGAGAAGAAGCAGAUAGAGAUAGGAAGAGAAGGACAAACAGAAUGCUAAUAUCUAUGGUCGGAAUAUUUGGUAUAUCGUGGCUACCAUUAAACUUAAUUAAUAUAUUUAACGACUUCUACGCUCAAAUGACGGAGUGGAAUUACUAUUAUGUUUCUUUCUUUCUCGCACAUUCCAUGGCAAUGGCUUCCACAUGCUACAACCCAUUUCUAUAUGCAUGGCUGAAUGAAAACUUUAGAAAAGAAUUCAAACAGGUGUUGCCAUUCUUUGAAAAUACAGGGGGAGUACGAACUAGCUACCACUCAGGUCGAAUGCCAACACACAAAGCUGAUAAAAUAUGUAAUGGGAAUGAAACUAUACAAGAAACGUUACUUGCCUCAUCUUUUAAUAGAGGCCCGUCUAUAAAACAACGAAUUUUAGAAAGUAAUGGAAGGAAAGAAAAUGGUAUUGAAAUCGAAAAUAUUUUGUUAGAAGAGAAAACUGUUCCUACGACAUUUCAAACAAAGAAUGAGAACAUUAAUUUACAAUUGAUUGAUGAAGAAUCGCAUUUUUCAGAACCAAAAGAUUUGAAGCCUGGAAUA